CCAAGGCCAAGGCCAAGGCCAAGCCCCUGCAGGCUAGGCUACUUGUUAGACUGCCCAUGCUCAACCCCGAACCCCUCCUCGCCCUCCUCCUUGCGCUGGGCUGCUGGGCCAGAACCCCUGCACCUGCACCCAAUUUCGUGAUGGACCCUGGCCUUCCUGGGCCUUCCUGGGCCUUCCUCGAAACUACCCGUGGCAGUCGAGCCGUCCAACUCCAACUCCAACUCCAACUAGAACGAGAACUAGGGACUUCCGUCCUUUCUCCUUCAUAUCGCAUACCUACUUUCCUUCUUCACAACUACACUACAUAGUCGACGCGUCGACGCCAACGCUCCUUUAACUUUCAUGAUCUUUCGACGUCGUCGCCAGAGCAUCCUGCCUUGAACUGGGACAAGCUCGUCCUUCUGCCGGCAACGCAAGGCACGCAAUCAUUUCCAAUCUACCGACCAAUUCACUUCGAGUAGAAGGCCGGACAAUAUAUUACCGAUCGAUGGCGUCUACACAACCUUAAUAUAGAACGACUGUUGCGCCUUCUUUGCAUCGCAACCCUCGGCCAGGGGAGAAGGAAGUUCGAUUGAGUACUUUUUGGACGAGCUGCUUCAACACCACAAGCCAACAUGGCAAAGAAGAGUCGCACGAGGAAUUUCUGUGGGGUUUUGCAGAGCGUACUGGCUGCUGCUGCUCUCUAUGGUUUUCUGUACUUGAGCAUUGCUGUCUACCAAAAACGCUCACUACCUGCGUCGCCAAAAGAGCUCUAUGAUAACCCGCUCUCAAGUCGACCUGGGUCUUCCUCCGACCACAUUGGCUCCCAAGGACCUUCCAGCAAAUUGAUUGCCUCAAAAGUCAAUCCGAAGGCUAAUUGGUUCAAUCGACCCGAAAGCCUUGUCACUCCGAGAGACAACUACCUGGGGAAGAGACCACAUGUCGACACAAUUGCCAACCUGACGAAGCUGGUGGAAGAAUGUAGAGGGUCAUACGAGAACAUUGAGAAGAUGCCAUAUGUUUAUGAUUGUCUGAAGUAUCUGGAUGAGGGUACAAAAGAGUAUUACUACAGACCAGCGAGAGGGGAAGGGGCCAGCGAACAGUCACCAAAGCAUGCGGAAUAUCUCAAUGCGGAUGGCGUUGACAAUUCCUUGAGCGAGUAUCCUGCAUACAAACCUGCUUCCAAAGAAUCAAUGGGACGAUGCAAUGGCCCCAUUGUACCCUACCACGUCUACUGGACCGGACCUGCCACAUGGAGAGUCGAGCUGUUCAUCAAGAGUCAUUUUCACACCCAGAACAUUCCAUGCGUUCGAUUGUUUCUCUGGCUCGAUGGAGAUCGGGACUCGAAAGCUGUCGACAAAAUGUUGAACCAGGAUCCCCUGUUUCGGAAAUUUCUACCUUUCGUGUCAAGAGGCGACAUUGUUUUGAAGACAUGGAAAUUCCCUUCCAGGAUCCCUCUACCGAAAGGCGACAACACAGACGGGAAGGGAUAUUACAAGAGUCCAGGAAAGGCAAAUUCGAAGAACGAGACACUGGUGGCGGAUGGACUGAUUCGUGACGCCAAGGACCAAGAAUGGCUUGUCCUGACGGAGAAACAGAUGACGUUUCUGCCAGUUGCCGUUUCUGAUGCGGUGCGAUUUGUUGUUCUGCAUCUUUAUGGAGGUGCUUAUUUCGAUAUGGAUGUCAUUAUGCUCAGGGAUAUGCGCCCGUUGUUGAUUGGAGAAGAGCAUUCUUUCGCCGAGAGAUGGGGAGCGCACCCGAGCCCAGGAGACUACAAUACUGCGAUCAUGUCCCUGUCCGCCAAUUCGUCGUUGUCCUCUUAUUUGCUCCGUGGCGGUGUGCGAAUGGGAUUGAACUUUCACCCAAGAGUGGUUGGCGUUAUGGCUGUCAAGGAUCGCCGAAAUCGGGAGUUUCACAUGCUAGAAACGGCAGCUUUUGAUCCCAUCUGGACGGAAUUCAACUGGGGUAGACUGGGAAAAUGUACCGUUCCCUGCAUUCAUGAUUAUGCGCAGGUUUUCAAAGGCAAAAAUGCUUUCCCAUUGAAGGAUGAGUGGAAAGCGUACGAUGGGCCGCAAUUAGAAGCUGCAAGCAAGAGUGGAGGACAUUUCUGGGAUAUGAGAAACGUUGAAUUGAGAGCCGUUACGCCACUGAGUACGGAAUCGACGACCAUCGAUCGAGAGGCGUUGAGCAAGACCGAGUACAGGAUUGAGGAAGAUAAGUAUCCACCCACGAACCGAACUUUGGAAAACUUCUUCCGAGGGGCGUGGACAUAUCAUAUCCACAACCAGUGGCUCAAGAACCCUGAACCUUCGUCUUGGCUCAAUGUCAUCCAGCGCGCACACGACGGCUUCUUCUCCCACAAUCGCAUGAACCCAUAUGGCGAGAAAUGGGAUGGGCCGAGUAUACCUGAGUAUGAAAUCAGUUGGGAAUAUCCGUGAGCGAAUUUGGUCAAAUUUUGGAUAUGAUAUACUAUUUGACUCGGAAAAUGUCCUUGGGAAAACAAUCUGGUCUGCAAACAGGUGGCAGAUUCGAACCACUGUCGAAUACCACCCAAGAUUUCGACCCAGAUCCCGAAGUGGAGCCCCAGAACAGUGUAGUGAGGACGACUGACCCUACCGGCCAACGCGGAGCCCAAGCCGAACUCCGGACGGAUUUCACCAUGGAAUCAAUGCAAGACAUGUACCCGUUUACAACCGGGAUGUAUAUACACGCAACUCGCAGACCUUGCGAGCGUUCUACUUUACAAAGCUAGCAUCUAGCAUCCGACAUACGGCAUGGCGUAUCUCGGAGUUUCUCUUUUCCCAUCUUCUAACUUCGAUGGUGGAGGGUGGCAUGUGAGCGGCACCUCUAUAUGUGGCACGGCAUUAUAUUAUAGACUUGCUUUACCUUCUUUCUGCAUGUGUCUGUGCUUGAGCUUUAGUGGAUCUACGCUGCUCUAUGCGAUGUGCUUGUGGAGAUUUAUAUGAUGCGAUGACCUAGCUUCAGCCGCUUUGAGUUGAGUGAGAGAGGAGUGCCAUGAUGUGGCAUAGUGUUAUCUCGAUAUGACGAGCGGUAUGACGAGUGAUGUGGGGGAGGGAAUCUCAAAAGCCUUCGAUGGAGGUAGACGAAAUCAUAGAGCUAGCUAGCUAUCCAUGCUGCAUGCUACUAUCUUAUCUACAGAUGGAUAGAAGACAAGCCAGCCAGCUAGCCAGCCCACUGCAAUCUGGGGUGAGUGGAGCGCACCUUGACGUUGUGUUGUGGGAGAGCAAGGAUUAUGUGGUUAAACAAGUAGACGCCAGGUUAUAGGUAGCUGUUGGCUGUUCGUCAAUAGACAAUGAAUGAAUGAAUGAGUACUAGGGGACUGGAGAACUAGACACGCACCGUGUGAGACCGUCAGAAUUAACUCCUGACAACUAUUCCCAAUUCCACAAUUCCACAAUUUCAAUUUCAAAAUCAAGUCCUGAAAACGAAGGACGUUGGACGUUGAUCAACCGAAAUGCCAUCCUCACAUCUCAUCUCACAUCUCCCUCUCUCCCUCACCCUCAC